CGUUGCAAAACUCAACGGGCACACUGAAAAAAAGUGAAACAAAAUUCACGCUAUUAUUAUCAAAACAAAGUGCAUUUCUGGAUAAAACGGGGACAACAAGACUAUGAACGCGACACCAUCCACACCUGCCAUUCCGGGAACACCUGGAACGCCAGGCAGCCUGGCCAUGGAAGUGGCCCGCGUCCAGAAUUCGGCGCUGGCCGAGUUCAAGAAGCCCACGGCGAUGGUGCGCCCAAAGAACAAACCGAAGAUCCUCACGGAGGAGAAGUACAUCGAGGAGAUGUCCAAGAUCAUCCAGCGCGACUUCUUCCCAGACCUGGAGCGGCUGCGGGCCCAGAACGACUUCCUGGACGCGGAGUCGCGGCGUGACUUCGUCCAAAUGGCCGAGAUUCGGGAGCGCUACAGUCUGGGCAGGAUUCCCGGGACGGGAAGAAGCUCCAGCCGCAGGAGCAACCAGCGGAACAACGCCAUGUCCCCGGCCACAUUUGAGACGCCAGUCAGCUUGGCCAACGGCAGCAACACUCCGUUGCUUAAUUCCCGGGCCACAGACACCCCGUUGUCCAGUGCCGGCUCCGAAAAAAGUGCCGCCGAGGGUGGAGACAACACCUCGAAGCUCUCCCUCGACGCCUUCCUACAGAACUACACCAGCGAGGAUAACCAGAGCUUUCAGGAGAUCAUCGAAACGGCGGAGGCGAAGCUACGCCAGAAAUACGCCGUGCUCUACAACCACGAAAAACUAUCCGCGGAGCAACUGCAGCGCGCUCUAAUGCUGCCCAGCAUUGAGAAGCAAUUCGAGGAACCGGAUCCGCUGAGGAAAAUCGAAACCUGGAACUACACCAACAUGAACUCUGUUAUGUACGUGCCCGAUGGCGUGGAGUACACGGAGGAAGAGCGCGUCCAGGCGGCGGAGCGCAAGCAGAGCAUCCAGCACAAUGCCACCAGGCUGCCGGAAGAAGCCAAACACCGGGACCCGGAGGGUAAAAGGCCGGACGAAGUGCCCGCGAAUGGGGCGGGUGAAUCCACGGCCACGCCGAGGAUACGUGGAUUCGAUCUGCUGCGUUCACCAUCACCGCGACCCGGAGAGGCCUUCUCGCCCAUCAUGACCUGGGGUGAGAUCGACGGCACUCCGUUCCGCCUGGACGGUGGCGACACUCCUUUGCGGCCCACGCAGGGACCCUCGUUCCGGAUCAACGAGAACUCCCGGCGCGAGAACAUUGCCAUCGCGCUGGCCGAGAAGGUCAGCGAGAAGAUGCGCAAUCAGAAGCAAAUGGCCCUGGACACGGCACGUCGGAACAUUGGAUCCCCACUGAUACGCACCAAUAUGGAACGCCUGGCCAGCAUGUCGCCGGCAGCGCAGCUCCUGGCCACGGGGAAGCUAGGUCUCCGGGGAACGCCCAGAUUGUCGCACACACCAUCACCGCUGAGCGCCAGGAGGCGUAAGAUUACGCCCGGAGUUGUGAGGAACACGGGCACGCCACUGGGACCACCGAAACAGCAGUCGGGCAAGAUCAGCACUCCCGCCAAGAGCUCCACCAUUGAUACGGGCUCCACGCUGACGGACGAUCUGCUCAAGAUACCCACCAAGCGACGCUCGGCUGCCGAUUUCUUUUAGCACAUAAAGUCUGCCCAGUUCACGUUUAGUUUCAUUGUAGUACCUCAUAAUCUUAAACCUUUAUUAUUUAUGGCAUUAAACGUAGCUAUAAAACCAAA